GAAAUGGUUUGCACAUGGCUUGCCUACCUCAUUUAAUAAUGGAUUGUGAGUCCCAUGGAUUACUGUAGGGAUUUUAUCUUGCUGUAAUCUCUGGAAAGAAAUAUACAAACAGCUGCGAGCACCCAGCAGAGCUCCACUCUAUUGUCCACCAACAUCGGAAUACAACUUUUCUAGACGGACGUUGAUGCCUUGACUCAAAAUGAAUCUUUUCUGUUUUUCAUUGGAGGGGUCUAUGGACAGUUUGUAUGAACCAGUGCAGAAUGCGCAAGAUUCCAAGGAAAACACUUUAACCCGAGCUUGCAAUCCACUAAAUUCCUAUUCUAAAAUGGUGCCUCAUGAAAGAUCUCUGUCUCUGGAGAAGACGGUACAAGCAAGUCCUAUUUUCAACCUUAAUGAAGAGGAUGUGGAGUUUCCUGAUCUGGAUAACACUGAUGCAAAAAAGAGACGGAAAAGGUCCCUCAUACAGAAAUCUGUCUCAGAAAAUGAAGCAUUUGACAGGAAAUCCUGGCCCACGGCACAAUGGCAGAACCCCAGGAGGUUUGAAUAUGAUUCCUAUCUUCGUAAGCAUUGUCACAUUGAAGACCUCAGUGAAGAUGACACAGUCAUAGGUGACAGAAUGAAUUUACGCACAAGAAAACAUGCUACAGAAAACAUGUGUCAGGUUCCAUCCUAUGAACAAAGGAUUCCAUCUCAUACCCAAAAUGUCGGUGGAUUUGCCAAUGAAUCGGAGUUGGAUGACAGAUCAGAAUCUAUGGGAACAUUGAAACGGCUACAAAAACUGGUUAGAACCAAAAAAUCCAGUAUAAACGAUGAUGUCAAACACCCCCUUCUAUCAGCAUCUCCUGCCACAGAUCCCGAAGAGGAGGACGUAGCGUUAACGACAUGCAUGAAAUUAACAAAAUCACAAGAAAAGAAAUCCUGCAAGGACAAUCCCAGAAAGAAACAAGAAAAUGAAAUCUGUCAAGAGUCAAAUUACUCUCCCUCAGACAUACCUUCGCUAAAGUGGAAUACAUCUCGAAAUGCAACCAUCAAUUCAGAAAAGAAUGUCCAGCUGUUUAGUGAAUGGACAUCUCAUCCCGAAAAUGUAGACCCAUUUAUUUAUUCCAUUAUACAAAAUGAAGAAUGGGAAAAAUGCGUCUGCUGCAACCAUCAUUCCCAGCUUUCCUAUUCACUAACAGAUAUGGAUCUACCGUAUUCAUGGCGCACCAGUAGUUUUGGAACUUUUGACAGAUUCAGGAAGCCGUCUGCAUCAAAGCCCGAAGAAUUACACGAGACGGGGGAAAUGGAAAGUGUGUAUGAAGGGGUAACGGUGGAAAGCGAUAAGUCAGCAAAUAAUGCUGGAAGCUUGAGUAAAAAGAUGAAAGCUAUAUCUCUGACUAUGAGGAAGAAGAUGGGGAAAAAAUAUAGCAAGGCACUAUCAGAAGACAUGAAUGAAGAUGAUGAUGGCUUCUGCUUUCACAAGGACUCUGACCCUGGAGGUGGGCUUUCUACUGAAAAGGUCACACUGAAAUCUAGUGAAUCGGUCGAAAGUCUAUACAGUCUCAACAGUGGGCAGAGUUCAUCCAGUGGUGUAACCAGCUGCUCUGAUGGGACAAGCAACCGAGAUAGUUUUCGACUUGACGAAUAUUUCUCAUACAGUGGACCUUUUUGUGGCCGAGCUAGAGUCCACACGGACUUUAUACCUAGUCCUUAUGACAUGGAUUCAUUAAAAAUUAAGAAAGGAGACAUCAUAGACAUAAUAGUCAAAACUCCGAUGGGUAUUUGGACCGGCAUGUUGAACAACAAAGUAGGCAAUUUUAAAUUUAUCUAUGUUGACGUAAUAUCUGAAGAAGAAGUUCCACCUAGAAAAACUAUAGUGAGGAAGAAAAGUAAGAGGCCGAGACCAAAAACUUUGCAAGAGUUCAUGGAACGGCUUAACCUACAGGAUUAUAUAUCAAGCCUCUUGAUCAAUGGAUAUGAAACACUAGAAGAUUUAAAGGACCUAAAGGAAAGUCAUCUCUCUGAACUUAACAUCACAAAUCCCGAAGAUAGAACAAGAAUGCUGGUUGCCAUAGAAAACUUACAAGACUGUGAGAGUGAUCAACAGCUUGAAAAUACAUCUAAGGCCCUAACAGUGACUACUGACAUUUCUGCAAGUAAAUAUGACUUAAAAGAAUGUCCUAGAGAUUCAGGGUGUUACAUUUCUAUGGAAAAUUCAGAAAGCAACAAAGAGGAUGUGGAGUCUGACGCUUUGUGUGAAAGUGUUACAAAAAUCACCAUUAUAGAAUCCGCGUAAACAUAACUCAUCGAGACUCGGUGUCUCCACGAAUGGACAUGUACAAAAACACCGAUGUACAAACUGUAUAUGUCAUUUAACUGAAUUCCCAAUAUUUUAUUAUGACAUGCACGUUUACAAUAGUACCAGCAAAAACAACGGAAGGAUCAUCCACUUCACAAGUUAUGGUGGAAAAUUAACCAGAAAAUUCCAAAUUUAUGUCAAAGAAGCAAGGACAGGAAAAAUCGCUAUAUCACAUAAAAUGUUGUCCUUGGUGGGUUGAAACGUCCUGUCAAUACCCAAUAGUUACCUGUUCCCAUGAAUAACCCUGUGGUCUAGUCAUUAAACCAGGAAUUGUGGACAAUCAAAAAGGGAUUUUCUUAAUUUAAUCCAAAUGGAAACUUUCUCAGAAUCCGCUAUUUUGCAAAAAAAAACAAAAACCUGCUAUUCCCUUGGAAAUGUUGUGGUUUAUUGAAUAUCGCAACACAGUUCUUGUGAUACACAUACAGGCAGCUAAAUAAAAUUAGAGGGCAUGUGUUCAAAACCACUGAAGUAUUCCUUCAUGCAAGGUACAUUCAAAUCUGAAGCACAUCCAGUUACACAGUACAUUGCUUGAAAGGUAUGAAAUAUAAAAUCACAACCACAUAAACAAAGCAUUGCACUGUGUGACUGCAUUAAAACAAACAUGAAUGUAGAACAUGCAUUUACAGUUAUAUAGUGAUACUCUAAGCAUCUGGAAUACUUACAUACAUAUAACCAAAAUUAGGACACCUCACCUUACUAAAUACACAGGAUAGAUAGGUGCUGUCCAGAUAUCACAGAAAAAAAAAUAUGUUUAAAACCUGCAGAAUUUAG